GAAAUGCAGCCGCAUAGGCCAAUGCCACCCGGAAGUCAAGGUACCCGUACUGAUUAGUGAGACAAGUCAAACGAGGACUUGGCGUGUUCAAGUGCUCGGACUAUUAUCUACGCCUAUCAUCCUUUUCUAAUCGCACUAGAAGCACACCCUUAUAGACUUGCGUCACGUAGGCGGUUGCCUACAGUUGAGGAACCAAGAGCAAUAGCCUGUUUACGCUUACGAUUGCGGUGCACCUCACAUUCGCUUUAUUAUGAAUUGCUCAGGACUGAUCGCGUGACAGAAUUGCAGACUCCGGCACCAUUGUGCUUCGCGUUUCGGACGCAGCGGCGGCGUAACUGAGACAAAGCCCCUGCGGCAGGUAUCAGUCUCUUUACUGACAUUUACAGCGCUUUGGUUCGGACUUUCCUCGCGGAGCGUGUUGUAAACAAUCGUUCCAGCUUAAAGCAACUGCUUGCGCAGUAGACUGCUUUACACCACGUGACAUAAGAAUCAGCUAUGAGUGAUCUAACGUGUUACCGAGGUGCCGCUGGGGUCAACCUUGGCGCUGCCUGCACUAGCAAGGCCAGGGCUUGCCAUAGGAUGCUACCGGGGAUACCCUGGUCGCGGCACGCGACAUUGGCUCCCAAGCACGCCAUAAAUCACUGCGCCUUUUCAUCCCGUAGCGUUCCCCACACGGCGCAACAUCCUCAGAUACCAGUACCCUGCCAGCCGUUAUCCUCCACUUCAUCUUCUUCAUCAUCAGCAACAACCCUCGCGUCGUCUUCAAACCUCCAUGCACGCCGCCCCCAUAGCUGCCUUGACAAGGUGCCGUACCGUUACGGUUGCCGUACAACCAUCGUCGCCGCAUCCACCGCCGGCGGCAAGAGCAGCAACAGCGGCAGCAGCAGCGACGCAACCGGCGCCGCCACAACCGCCGCAGUCGCUAAGCUCGCCACGGCGGCAGUCGCCGGCGCCGUGGCGGCGGCGGCGCCACCUCCGCCGCCCCGUACGACAGCCAUUCGGCUGGUACAGCGCACCAUUGAGCUGCUGCGGCCACAUUUCUUGGCGAUGUUGCUUUUGUAUGGUAUUCGCGAUGCGGCAGCUUUUGUCGUACAUCGGUUGACGCAACGACUCACAAACCAUGUCGCGGAGGUGCUGCUGGGUGUGCCCACCUCCUCCGCGGGCAACCCCUGGUGGCUCUUCCUGGACCCCGCCUUCAUUCGGGCGCAUCCAGGCUACGAGGUGUUGGUGGGUUUCUUCUUCCUGGCCAGUCUGCCCCUCACAAUCGCACUCAACGCAGUCGCAUUCAGCGUCGCAACCCUAGUGUGCGCGCCGCCGGAAGUACGAGUCGCCGUCGCCGGCGGCGUCGUCAGUGGCGGCGACUCGGCGACUGCCGCCGCCGCCGCCGGCGACGCCCCAGUCGCUGCGAGUGCUGCUUCGGCGGCGCUCGCGGAUAUCGGUAUUGUGGCUGUCGCAACGACGGCGGAGGCGGGAGCGGCGGCGACGUCGACGUCAGCGGAGGCGGAAGUUGCUGCUGAAGCUGAUGCUUCCGCCGUGCCAUUGGCGCCGACGGAGGUGAGUGUGGCGGCGGAGGCGACUGAGGAGACGACGUCGGCGGCGACGGAAGCGAGUGGAGGCGGCGACGGCGGCGGUUUCAUGGCGGCGCUUCGCGCCGCACUUCAGUCGCUGGCGGCGGCGCUGCCGGCGGCGGCGGGAGUCGUACGGCGAGUGUGGUGGGCGGACCUGCAUUUGAACGCGAGAGCACUGCCGCUGCAGGGCCUCUGUCUUCUGGUGCUGCCCGCUCUGUGGGCGGCACCUCGCCUAGUGCAGAUGCAGCUGGCCCUGCCGGUGGCUGCGAUUGAGGGAGGAGAGAGGAAGGAAGGCAGCAGCAGCAGCAGCCCGGCAGCAGCAGGAGCUACGACAGCGCAUGGGGAGAUGCAGCAGCAAGGCAACAGCCCCAGCCCCAGCAGCAGCAGUGGCGGCGGUACUCGGCAGGGAGCGGGUGCGCUGGCGCGGUCUCGGGAGCUCAUGCGGCAUGCGGUGGGGGCGUACGGCGGCCCCUUUGCGGCGUUGCUGGCGGCCGGGCGAUUGCUGGAGUAUGUGCAGGGCCUAGUGUUCGCCGCGCUGCCGCCCCGCUGGUGGCGGGAGGUGGUGGAGCUGCCGCUGCUGCUGGGGGCGCUGUUCCUGCUGGGAAAGGCGGCGGUGCAGAGGCUUCAAGACCUGCUGCCCCUGGCCACCUACAUGGAGCUCACCGAGCAGCAGCAACAGGUGCAGCAGAUGCAGCAGGCGGCGGGGCAGCUUGUGACUGCAGGCAGCUCGCCGCUGGACAGCAGCAGCAAGGAGCAGUCGCAGCAGUCGCAGCAGUCGCAACAGGAAACUCAGAGGAGCGGCGGCGGGGCAGCAACAUCAGCAG